CGUGGACCUUUUGGGAAGCUUUAAAUUGUAUGGCUAGUGUUUAAUCGUGUAUUUGGACUGUUGGGUGUAUAUCUGGCAUGUUCUCGGAAGGAAAACAAAUUGGGAUUUCUUUUGUUGUCACAUGCACUGAGACACCAGUUCACUGCAAAAGUCUUAGGCACCUAUAUAACUAGAGAUUGUUGCACUGUACUGUAUUUGUCAACGUAGAGCAGAGCGAGUUUGCAGAAACAUUCACUCAGUGGCCACUUUCUUAAAUGUAGGAGUGAAACCUGGCGUGGUCGUCUUCUGCUACAGCCCAUCCACUUCCAAGGUGGUAUAUUGCCCUAAAUUGGUUGAAAAAUGGCAGAUGGUCAAGGGGAUAAACCAAUGGAUGCUGAUGUUAAAAUGCAAAAACCUCCUGAGUUGGGUUUAAAACUAGUUCAUCUGGAUUUGAAAGGAGCACCACCCAAGAUCUCCUACUUGCGUGAGAUCUUUCCUCUGUUUGCAGACCUGGGUGCAGAUGGUAUUCUCCUGGAGUAUGAAGAUAUGUUUCCGUAUGAGGGAAAGUUACAAGUUUUAAAGUCUCCAAAUGCUUACAGUCCUUCAGACAUCAAAGAUCUUAUGGUUCUGGCCAAGACACUAAAGUUUGAAAUAAUUCCAUUAGUGCAAACCUUCGGCCACAUGGAGUUUGUACUUAAACAUAAAGCUUUUGCUCACCUUCGUGAAGUGAAAGUAUUCCCUAACACUCUCAAUCCACACAAAGGAGAGUCUAUGGAAUUAGUAAAAUCCAUGAUUGACCAGAUAAUGGCAAUACAUAACAACGUAAAAUGGAUACACAUUGGAUCAGAUGAGGUUUAUUACCUCGGUGAAGGUGAAGAAUCCAAGCAAUUGAUUGAGCAAGGCCAAACUGAUAAAAAUAGUCUGUUCAUGUUUCAUGUGAAAGCAGUUGCAAGCUACAUCAUUGCUACUCACUCAAAUGUGAAACCUAUAAUUUGGGACGAUAUGCUCCGAAAUAUCAGUGCAGCUAAACUUAAAGAAUCUAUGUUAGAUCAGCUGGUUGAACCAAUGAUCUGGGUAUAUAAUGCUGACCUUGAUGUGAAUAAGAUGUCACUUCAAAUACAAAAAUAUCAGAGAAUGGGAUUCUCUCAAAUAUGGUUUGCAAGUGCUUUUAAAGGAGCUACAGGUGCAGCUCAGUGUCUAACAUCAAUUAGCUAUCACUUGGCUAACCACCUGCAGUGGCUGAAGGUAGCUGAGACUCUGCCAAGAAACUCCAUUCAUUUACAGGGGAUUGCACUCACUGGUUGGCAGAGAUAUGAUCAUUUCUCUGUUUUGUGUGAAUUACUUCCUGUGGGGAUUCCAUCCUUGGCAGUCUGUCUGCAGACCUUGAAACAUGGUGUGUUCUCUCUAAAGGAAGAGGAAUAUGUGAAACAGUCUCUUGGAUGCAAAAGUCUAAGAAUUGAUUUUCUAAGCGUUGAAGAUGCUGGCAGUUUUCCAGGCAGUGAAGUACUUGACCACGUAACUCACAUUAUUACUUACCUACAGGAAUCUGUUGAUAAACUUCAUGAAAACAUAUAUAUAAGAGGAUGGUUCAGUAACUACCACAGAAAGAGAAAGUACGUCCACCCUGGUAUCAUUCAGAAUUUUGAAGGAGAAGUUAGAAGUGUCUGUGCACUUUGGGGGGCAGCCAUAAGUAAACUGCGUACAGCAAUGGAAAGAAUCUAUUAUCCAGAUACUGUGGAAGAGUGGAUGGAAGAACACGUUAACCCAGCUUUGACAAGGUUACAAUGCCUUGUGCACGAUAUGGAUGAAGCUUUAGCAUCAAUUGACAUCAAAUAAAAAAACAUAUGCCUUUGUCUUCAAAGAGUCAUUAUAUCAAUUCAUUUAAUUUGAAUGUUACUGCAUUUGAUGAUUUGCACUCAAGGUUCAUCCUAUCAAAUAAAUAUAGGCACUGUCAGUGCCUGUGUGCACACUACCUGUUUCAUCUUCUGAGGUAUCCAGGCAUGGACAAUACCCAUCAAAUGUUGAGGAGUAAUGCAUGAAAUUUAAAAGAAUCAGUUAUGUACAAUGGUCAAAAGUUCACUGUUCAAUUUCUGAGAAUGUAGCCUCAAUUUACAGUAAGCUGUUUCUGUGUGUAUUGUUUCAAUCGAGACAUACCUAUAGUAUGUUUCAGUCCUAUUAUCCUUCUCUGUUUUGAAUAACAACCAAAGUCAAACAGUUUCUUUUGAAUGUUUCUGUGCCAAGCAGAUUUGCUUACAAUGAGGUGUGGAUAAAUUGAAUUAAUUUCUCAAAGAUUUAAAAACUGUGAAAUGCUGUAACAGGGACCUGGCUGGAGUAUAUCUGCUUAAAAACAAUUCUCAAAGUCAGAAUCAAUUGUUCUGAUAUACUGUGGACAUGCCCUUUUUUAUAUUAGUAAUUAAAUCUGUCAUAUGUUGAGAAAUCUUUGUCUUAAUAAAUUUUGACUAAGAAAAUUUAACAUUUUAAUUAUUAAUGUGAACAAUUAACUGUUAAUAAACAGCUUUAAUUCUAAA